AAAAAACCCACCCUCCCCUGCAAGCCCUCCCCACAAGAGCAGCCCCAUCCUGGGGUUCCAGUUGUCUCCCCUGCCCCUGUGACCCGCCAGCUACCUGGAGCUAAACAGCCACAGCCCUCAUCUGUGACCACAGUGCAGGACCUGAGAUACACUCCACAACAACAGACCCUGAACCAGUCCCUGAGAGACCCCAAGCCCCUAGACCCAUCUCAAACCAAGAGGGAUGUCCUGAGCAAGAGUGGGGUAACGGAUUCUACCUCCAGCACCGAGGGAAGCCCCAAAGACGAACCACUCCUUGCUGCCAGGCCCACAGCUAGCCUGACCUCAGUGGUGACUCUCAGAACGUCCUCUCUGAGGAGCAAGUCAGAGGCUAGGGCUGGUGGUCAGAGUACCACACAGCCACCUGCAGGCCAGGAGGACACAGGUCAGGCAGAGCCAAUGUCUACUGGAGGAGCUCCGAAGCCAGGCUCCGGGCCCUUCCUGUUCUCCAUCAACUCAGCCAAGGGGCGAGAAACACCCAGGAUGGGAAGUGGUGGUUUCUUGGUAGUAGUGGAGCAGGCUGGGGAUGGGGCGAAGAGGAAGGGGAGGGAGGAGGGGACAGAGGUAAAGUUGACCCCCUCAAACGCCAGCCAGAGGGGGCAGGAGCAGCAGAGGGGCAGGCAGGAGAGGGACAAGCCCAAAGAAGAGGAGUUGACUGCCAUCGAUAUGGGGGGGAAAGUCUCGGAAGGGGAGGAGGAGGAGGAGGAGGAGAGCGGUGAGGGAGUGGAGGAUGCAGUGGAAGCAAAGGAGGAGACAGAGGUAGAUGGAAAAAUUGCAUUUGGCGUGAACCUUCGCUCCAUCUCUCUCUCUCCGAGGGUACAGGCAGAGGCAACCACCAACCAAUCAGAUCUCAAGAUAAAUCGUCACAGUGCAGAGGUGGGCGCUCUCCUUCUUGCCCCUUAUACUCCCUCCUCAAAACCCACCGGGUUUGAGGGGCUUCGGGACACCCCUCCAACCAGGGCUAACUCCAUGCCCAAAAAGCUCUAUACAAACAACUGGGAUGCCCCCACAACACUGUCGUCACCCAGGGGAAUGGCUGGCUCCCUCAGAGAAGCAGAUACAGCAACCCCCGCCCACUCUACCCCCUCACCUCUCAUUAAAGAGGACCAAACCCUGCCUGGCCUACCCAUAGACGCCCAGGCUACCUCCUCAGCCCCUCAGAACCCCCCGACUGCCCCCCAGGCGGCACCCCAGGCUGCCGUAUCGUGGAUGAGCAUGGCAUGGGGGAAGACCAGGGGCCUCCAGCAGCUCUUCACCAGCAGUUUGCCCAGAGAGUUCACCGGCAUGCAGUCCCCAACUCAACCGCAGGUUCAGACCACAACGCAACCACACACACCGUCACUGGCUAGGAUUGUGAUGCAAACUCAGAGACAGAAUGCAACACAACCACAAACGACAACGCCACCACAGGCUCAGACCACAACACAACCACAAUCACAGACCACAAUGCAACCCCUGACUGCUAAACUACUGCAGUCACAGAAUGCAGUGCAACCACCACAGACAGCAGCACAAGCCCCCACACAGACCACAAAACUACCAGUGACACAGACCACAAUGCCACCACAGGCUCAGACCACAAAGCUACCAGUGACACAGACCACAAAACACCUGCAGACCACCAAAACACCACAGACACAGAACGCAACACAACCACAAACAAUGACACAACAAUCAACACAGAACUCAAAACCAUCAACACAGACGUCCAACCAAAUCAACAGUCGAGCAGCACAACCAACCGCUACUCAACCGCUAGCCCAGUCUACACAACGCUCCGUGUCUCAGGUGACCCCACAGUCCAGCCGACGAGCAAACCAGCCCACCCUGUGCUCCACUCCACAGACCCAAGCCCAAAUAACACUACGGAUCGCCCCAAUGGGUGCAACUUCCACUCAGCCACCGGCCCCAUCUACCCUCUCGUCAAGCCCACGCUCCACACCCAGCCAGCCCCCUUGGAGCGCACAAGGUCUCAACCCUAUCCCCCAGCCCAAACCAGCCUUAGCUCCAACAACAACCCCAGUCCAACUCCUAGUGAGAGGUGAGAAGUUCCCUAGCGACCACAGGAAUAGUGAGGGGGCGGCUGUGUCAACAGAGGAGAGGGUGGACCGGGACAGGCCAUUGACUGUGGGAGGGACGGCAGCCUUUUUGGAGAAACGGGCAGAGUGGACCCCUCCUGCUGGAAGCAAGGUAGAGCUCAGGAGAACCAGAACCCCACCUGAGUCUCAGCCCACGGCUGAAUUGGCUGCUCCUCCCAAAGCCACAACUAUUCACAGAGACGCUAAAGAUGCUAAACUCGACAGGAGGCCAGAAUCGAGCCCAACCAUAGUGGCAGGCAGACUUGCAGACCGAGAGGACAAAUGGCUGAGGAAAAACAUGCCAACUUCAUUGUCUCCUUCAUCAUCACCUUCGUUAUCAUCCCCCUUGCAGACCAUUUCUGACAGCGGGGGUCAGCCAUCUUGGAUGGAACUGGCCAAGAGGAAGUCAAUGGCCUGGAAUGACAAGACCAUGGACUGAUAGAAUGAGAAAGAAAGAAAGAAAAGAAAGAGAGCGUCAGGGGGAUAUGUACUGUAUAUAGGGAGAUAAAAAGAGAGAAGGGGGAGUUCCUUAUUUGAAUGCACUUAUUGCUAAUUGCUCUGGACAAGAGCUCCUUUGUAAGUUGUGAGAGUGACAGAGGGAAAGAAACAUCAACAAUGGUAGUGAUGGGAAUGUAGAGAGACUGAAUGACAAAGUGAGAUGUUGAGUUCAUUGAAGUGGAAUUUAAUUGACCUUGGAAGCAACAGCUAUUGGUCGAAACAUGCUUCCCUUGAAUGUACAGACGUGCUGUGUUUGCGAAACAACGUUUGUACUUCAUGUUUCUUGUAUGGGAUAACUAUGAAGCUGAUUGGUUUUCUGUCAGUAAGUUCUUAUCUUUUGAGUUUUGAUCCAAACAUAUUUUUUUCCCCAAAGUCUGGGCUUAUGUUGGAGAUGGAAAUAAUAUUGUUUGAAUUAUCUAUGAAUGCUUCAUCAGAAAUAAAUCAUUUAUAUGAUACAGUAGUUGUAAUAAAUGUUGAUAUAUC